GUGGUUUCCCCAGAAUCUUGUUCUCCUCCUGACUUUAGGUGAUAUAUACCUAUGUGACAAAUGAAUGGACAAAUGAGCUGUGUUUGUGACUCUUCCAGGUGAGCAUGGGACAACAAGGGAAGAUGGGAGGCAAUGAGGAGCAUGUCCAUGGUUCAGCAGAGGACACCCAGUCCCGGCAGGAGCCCACGCUGAGGCUCAUCCUUGUUGGGAGAACAGGGGCCGGAAAGAGCGCCACUGGGAACAGCAUCCUGGGCAAGAGACGGUUCCUCUCCAGGCUGGGGGCCACAUCUGUGACCAGGGCCUGCACCACGGCCAGCCGCAGGUGGGACAAGUGGCAUGUGGAAGUAGUGGACACUCUGGACAUUUUCAGCUCCGAAGUGCCUAAGACAGACCCCGGCUGUGAGGAGAGAGGUCGCUGCUACCUGCUCUCGGCCCCCGGGCCCCACACGCUGCUCCUGGUGACCCAGCUGGGCCGGUUCACCGCCCAGGACCAGCAAGCGGUGAGGCAGGUGAGGGACAUGUUCGGGGAGGACGUCCUGAAAUGGACUGUCAUCGUCUUCACCAGGAAGGAGGACCUGGCGGGGGGCUCCCUGCAGGAUUACGUGGGCAGCACAGAGAACCGGGCCCUGCGCAAGCUGGUGGCCAAGUGCGGGGGCCAGGUCUGUGCCUUUGACAACCGGGCCACUGGCCGGGAGCAGGAGGUUCAGGCGGAGCAGCUUCUGGGGCUGGUGGAGGGCCUGGUGUGGGAGCACGAGGGCGCCCACUACUCCAAUGAGUUGUACGAGCUGGCGCAUCUCCUGCGCUGGGCAGGCCGGGAGAAGCGGCUCCGGAGGGUGGUGGAGGGCGUGGCCGCCCGCAUGCGCAGGAGGCUGUGGGGCGCCUGGCUGCGGGCCGGGUUGUGGGCGUGGCCGAAGCCGCUCUGGAGCUAG